AUGUGUUCAGGUCACCUCUGGGGAAGACAGCAGGAGGGGACCAAGCCCUCACACUGCACAUGCUUUCAAAGUGUCAAUUUCAUUCCGAUUGUGCGUGACCACAGGGUGCCCAUACUUGUCCCCAUGGGAUUUACCCUUGGAUGUGAUCUAGACAGAAAGGAUGAUAAAAAGCUAAGUGUCUUCAGGAACAAGAGUUUGUUAUUUAAAAGGGAGUUGAGAUCCAAUGAAGAAGUCACCCAGAAAUAA